AUGAGCUCUACUAGCUACUCCUUGUCUCGAGCGAAAUAUGCUUCAGACUUAUUGGUGUGCUCUGGGAUCACUAACUCUGAUACAUCCCUGACACCGCUCAACCCUAAUGUUCGUCUGACUCCAUUUGAUGGCAUUCCCCCCGUAGAUGUCAGUCUCUACCAUCAACUUGUUGGCAGUCUUAUUUAUCUAAUAGUGACUCAUCCCGACAUUGCACAUGUUGUUCACAUUGUAAGUCAGUUCAUGGUUGCCCCUCAAACCAUUCAUUUUACUGUUGUUCUUCGUAUUCUUCGUUAUGUCAAAGGAACUCUAGGACAUGGCCUUCAGUUCUCAUCCCAGUCAUCCCUGGUCUUAUCCGGCUACUCUGAUGCUGAUUGGGUUGAUGAUCCUACUGACCGACAUUCUACCUCAAGUUAUUGUUUCUAUCUUGGUGACUCUUAUUUCUUGGUGGAGUGA